CAUUUUUUCCAUUGGAGCUUGAAUGGACCCCGUGUUUGACUGGGACGCCCACCGCGCGGCUGCAAACGCUGCGCCCGAGCCGACCGUCCCCUGCAAGGUCUUCUUCCGCGCCGUCGUCAUGGCGGCCAUGGCGCGCGGCCAGGAGUCGAUGGCAGCCGUCUCGGAGGCAGUCAAGGCGCAAGUGAGUGGAAAUUCAUCACUGGAGGACUUCAAGUUUACACUGCAGACGCACCUGGGCCGACCCGUGCCGGACGACUUUCUGAGCGUGUACCGCAUGGAGCUCUACCGCUUCCGGAACGUCUUGAAGGACAGCCAACGGGCGCAGCAGGCCCCCGUGCCCGAGGCACCCGUCGGCGUCAUGCAGCAGUCGCAGAAGGACAUUGCUCGCAACGAGGCGGCGCGCAAGCGCUACCUUGCGGCUGAAAUCCGUCGCCGAAGGGUCGACAUGGAGAGCGGAAACGCGGACGCCAGCACAAAGCAGCUGCAGAUUGCCAUCAUUGCGGCGCUGGAGACAGAGUACCUGACGCUGCAGUCCAAGGCCAGUGGCCGUGCUAAGGGCGCUGAUCUCGACACGGAGCAGAGUCGACAAAUCAUUUCGCAGCAGUCGCAAGCCAUUCGUGGCCUGUUAGCUGGCAAGGAUUCGAGCUCCCCGACUGACGCGACGCUCGCCCUCCAGCAGCAAAACAACGCGCAACUCCAGAAGCAGCUCCAGCAGCACCUCGAGCAGCAGACACAGCACCAGCUCGACAUGCAAGAGGCACAAAAGCAGCAGUCUGCCACCGCCGCCCAGCAGCAGCAACAACAGCAACAGCAACAACUCUUGGCGCUCCGUGCACAAAUCCAGCAACAACAGCAGAUUUCGCAGCAGCAACAGCAGCAACAGCUGACGCAAGCCGCUGCCGCGGCAUCCAACCCUGCGCAGCUGCAAGCACAGCUCAAAUUGCUGAUGAGCGGUGGCACGCCUCAAGUUGCGUCUCAACCACAAAUGCAGCAGCUUCAGCAACAACAGCUUCAGCAGCAGCAGCAACAACAGCAGCAGCAACAGCAACAACAGCAGCUGGCUUUGCAAGCGCUCGCGCAGCAAAAGCAGCAACAGCAAUUGCUUUUGCAACAGCAGCUGCAACAACAACAGCAACAACAACAGCAGCAGCAACAACAACAGCAACAGCAACAGCAACAACAGCAACAGCAACAGCAACAGCAAAACCUCCUUUUGCAGCAGCAGUUGGCUUUACAAAAGCAACAACAACAGCAGCAGCAACAACUGCUGUUGCAACAAAAGCUGCAGCAACAAGCGCAACAACAACAAGCGCAGCAACAGCCACAACAGCAACAGCAACAAGUCCCGUCGCUGGCCAUGAUCGACAUGGUCAAGCAGAUGAACGCACAAAUGCAACCGGGAACGGCUGUCAAUCAGUCGCAAAUCCAGCAACAAGCACUCGCCUUGCAGCGCCAUCUCCAGCAACAGCAACAACCGCAGGCUGGAGCAAUGAACUUGACGCCGCAGCAGCGUAUUCAGCAGCAAACCCUGGCCGUGCAGCAGCAAAUGCAGCAACAGAUGAUGCAACAAGCAGGCUAUCCCCCGAAGGCUGCUGCUGCAACUUUUGGCGGCAUUCCUGGUGCUGGCGUGAUGGACUCUGGCAGUAAUGGCAGCCCCAGUGGCCGCGGCCGUGGACGCGGCUCUGGCUCGCCGAAAACUCCGGGACGUGGCCGAGGGCGUGGUCGCGGGCGAGGUCGUGGGCGCGACAUGGAUUCGGACGAAUCCGACGAAGGCGACUUUGUCCCGAACGGUCGUCCAGGUCGUGGCCGAGGCCGCGGCCGGCCGCGCAAGCCGCGCGACGAUGAUGACGACGAGGAAGAAGAGGAGGAGGCCGAUGUCAUGUCCGACGAAGAGGAGCUCGAGCUGAACAACAGCGGCGGCAUUGCCGCGCGUCGCCGAAAACACGGCGGCGACAGCGCGCCCGCCUUCACAUCCUCUGGUCGCCAGACCCGCACUGUGCGCUACGACGAAGCCAACGACGAGUACGCCGAGUACGAUUCGGACGACGACGGCAAGGCAUCGCGCGGCGAUGAAAUGGCGGCCUUCCGACCCACCCAAGCCACCAACCCAGAGUGGGUCAUUGAAAAGAUCAUGUGUCGCCGAGAGGUGCCUCUUGGCAAGGACGUGGAUCAUUCCGUCACCUCUGACACUGCCUACCACUCCUCGUCGACCCACGCCCUGCUCACCCAUGCUCGCGGCGGCGCGGAAAUCAAAGCCGAGCACGAUCGCGAGGUGGCUGCGGCUGCGGCUGCCCAGCGCUCCGGUGCCAAGACCAUGGUGCUCGAGUACCUGGUCAAGUACAAGGGCAGGUCAUACCGUCACGCCAAGUGGGUCACUGAGGACGCGUUCGCGACCGGCGAGAUGCGCCUCAAGACCAUGUUCCAGCGCUUCCAAACAAAGUACAUUCCCAUCGACCCCGACGAGGCAUUCAACCAAGACUACCUCGAAGUCGAUCGCGUCAUCGACCUCAUCAAGCUGUACGACCAAGAGUCCAAGGAGCACCCGUUCGUGCUGGUCAAGUGGCGCGGUCUCGGCUACGACGAGUCCACCUGGGAGCCCGCGGCAACCGUCCCCAUCCAAGACAUUAUCCGCUUCCAGAAGCGCUUCAAGUACACUGCGGACUGCAACGUCAUGUUCCAGCGCACUGCGGUGGAUCUCAAGCUGCUCGACGCCAAGGUGACGUUCGAGAACGGCAACACGUUGCGCUCCUACCAGUACGAGGGUGUCAACUGGCUCCGCUUUUGCUACUCGCAAUGCCGGUCGUGCAUUCUUGCCGACGAAAUGGGCUUGGGCAAGACCGUCCAGUCCAUCACCUUCCUCAAGUCGCUCAAGAAUGCCACUGGCUCUGGCCCAUUCCUUGUGAUUGCUCCUCUGUCGACACUCCCCAACUGGCAGCGCGAGUUUGCCGAGUGGACGGACUUGAACGUGAUUGUCUACCACGGCAAGCCGCUCGCGCGUCGUGUCAUUUCCGAGUUUGAAAUGUUUGACCGCGACAAGGCCGGCAUGGGCAAGGCCAAGCUGGUGCAGCAUCUCUCGUUUGAUGCCAUCUUGACAACGUACGAGUCGACGCUCCAAGGCGUGGACGAUCUUGGCCGAAUUCCGUGGAAGUGCGUCAUUAUCGACGAGGCACAUCGCAUGAAGAACGCCAAGGCGCGCCUGAGCGAGACGCUUCGUGCCUUCACCAUCAACCACUCGGUCCUGCUGACUGGCACGCCCUUGCAAAACCACGUCGAGGAGCUGUGGUCGCUGCUCAACUUUUUGUCGCCACAAGACUACUCGUCCAAGAAGAUGUUCUUGGAGCAGUUUGGCGAUCUGAAGACGGAGCAGCAAGUGCUGGCCUUGCAAGGGUUGCUGCGCCCCAUCAUGCUGCGUCGUCUCAAGGGCGAUGUCGAAAAGUCCAUUGCGCCCAAGGAGGAGACCAUCAUUGAGGUCGAGCUGACGCCCAUCCAGAAAAAGUACUACCAAGCCAUUCUUGGCCGCAACUUUGAGUUCCUCGCGAAAGGCUGCAACAAGAACGACAUGCCCAGCUUGAUGAACAUUGUCAUGGAGCUGCGCAAGUGCUGCAACCACCCGUACCUCAUUGGCGGCGCCGAGGAGAAGAUUCUCGGCGAAAUUUACGGCCCAAACUUUUACUCCACGUCCCCCGCCACGCUGCUCUUGACGCUCAUCCAGGCCUCGGGCAAGCUUGUGCUGAUUGACAAGCUGCUCAAGCGUCUUCGCGAGAAUGGCCACAAGGUUUUGAUCUUUUCGCAAAUGGUCCGAUGCCUGGACAUUUUGCAAGACUACCUGACCGCCAUGCAAUACAAGUUUGAGCGCAUCGAUGGUGGCAUCCGUGGCGAGGCCCGCCAGGCCGCCAUUGAUCGCUUCUCCAAGCCGGGAUCCGAUUCGUUCGUCUUUUUGCUCUGCACCCGCGCCGGCGGUGUCGGCAUCAACUUGACGGCUGCAGACACGGUCAUCAUUUACGACUCCGACUGGAACCCGCAAAACGAUCUGCAGGCGCAGGCGCGCUGCCAUCGUAUUGGUCAGACCAAGUCGGUCAAGAUUUAUCGCUUGCUCACGCGCAACUCGUACGAGCGCGAAAUGUUCGACAAGGCUUCGAUGAAGCUGGGUCUUGAUCAGGCUGUCCUGCAGAACAUCCAGAGCUCGGACAAGCCCACCUUCUCCAAGCAAGAGCUCGAGGAUUUGCUCAAGAAGGGCGCCUAUGGCGCGCUUCUGGACGACGAGAGUGCUGGCGCGUCCUUCUGCGACGAAGACAUUGAUCAGAUUCUGUCUCGCCGCGCCCAGGUCGUUCGGCAGGAUGACCAAGAGGUCAAGAACUCGUCUUUCGCCAAGGCCAGCUUUGUCUCUGUUCAAGGCGAAAACCUGGACAUUGAAGAUCCCGACUUUUGGGAAAAGUGGGCCAAGAAGGCCAACGUGGCCGGCACGGCCAAGAGCACCAAGUCGGGUACGACUGGCGAAGAUGCUGCUCUCGCUGCGCUCGCUGGCGCCGGUCCACGUCAGCGUCGCCAAACGGCGCGCUUUGGACAAAAGCUUGGCGGAUCUGGCUCGGACGACGAGUUUGAUGGCGGGCGCGGUCGCGAUGAUGAUGACGACGACCCGGACGCUGCUCCCACGCGUCACAACCCCGGCGGUACCCGACCAAAGGGCCAGGGCUUGCCCAAGGAGGCCAAGUGGACGCGCCAGCUCAGCUUCAAGUUUGAGCGCGCGCUCAUGUCGUUUGGCUGGCAUCGCUGGCGUGCCGUGUCGAGCAUGACCAGCUUCCCAGGUCUGACGCCCGACGCCGCGUUCAACAUGGCCAAGGCCGUGCUGCGCAUUUGCGUGGAUGCCCCCAAAAAGGACGACAAGGAGGAGGAAAAGAUGAAGAUGCUGGCCGACCGCCUGACCGCGUCCGUCGAUCCUCUUGGCGUGGCCAAGGUGACACGCGCAGGCGAGGACCUCAUCAAGAGCGGCGUCGUCAAGGACGAGAUUUUCCGCAAGCACCUCGAGAAGCGCGCCACGCGGCUCAUCACAACCCUGUCGUCCCUGCAGUUCUUCAACGAGACGGUGAUUGGCGCCGAGCUGUCGCGCGAAAUUUGCAUUUUGGAAAAGUCUGUGCACGAGUGCUCGCUCCAGGUCCCGGAUGUUGGCACCAGCGUCAAGCUGCCCAGUCCCACUUGGACCGCGCUGGACGACAAGUCGUUGCUGAUGGGCGUGUACAAGCACGGCUGGACGAACAUGGACCAAAUUCGUGAAGACGACAUGCUGUCCUUCAAGGGUCGCUUCCGCAAGCUCAGUGCCUCCGACCGCGAUGCGAUUGCCAGCAAGCUGGCAGGCGACACGCUCGCUAGUCUGAACAAGAAUGGCGGCGGUCUGUCUGGCGCCGCUGCAGAAGACGGUGGCGAGAGCGAGGGCGAGUCCAAGCCCAUGGAGACGGAUGACAAGCCCCCCGCAGUAGUGAAGACUGAAGCUGGUAGUGGUGAGGAGGAGGAGCAAGCUACUCCAAUGGCCACCGACGCGCCAGUCAAGUCUGCUGCUUCUUCCACCAGUGUCAAGAACGAGGUCAAGACCGAGGACGAUGGAGCCGCUCCAAUGGACACGUCUGCUGCUGCCGAUGCCGAUGCGGCUGCUCCUUCUACUGACGCUGCUGCUGCUGCUGCUGCUGAUGCUGCUGAUGGUGGCGCUCAGAACAAUGCAUUUGAGGGUGGAUCGCAGCUCCCGCUUUGGCCGAGCAUUGCCGACUUGCAGCUGCGCUACCGCCGCAUUUGCCAGGCCAUCCAGGACAACAACAACCGCAAGUUGCGUGACGAAAAGAAGGUGACCGACCGGCAAGAACGCCAAGAUGCCAUUGCUCAGAAAAAGCACGAGGCACAGUCCCGCUGGACCAAGCGCGAAGAGACGGACUUUGCCAAGGUCCUCAACCACUUUGGUCUCGAGACGACCGCGGAUGGCAAGCGCCGCGACUGGACGCGCUUUAUCGAGUACGCCAACCUCGGGCGCAAGACGGAGGCCAUGAUGGACGAGUACCUGCAGGACUACUUGCUCAUGUGCCACUGCGUCAUUGUGCUUGCUGGACACGAGCAAGCGAGCAAGGCUGGUGCCGACACCAGCAUUGCCGUGGAUGCCGCGACCGCCACCGCCUUUUUGGAAGGCUUCCGUGCCAAGGACAAGGAGGUCUUGUCGGAAGAGAAGGCCACGCGAACGCUCGAGCGAAUUGCCCUGUUUGAUUUGCUUCGCUUGCAAAUUUUGCGCUUGCCCAACCUCGAAGCGCGCUUCCGCAGCAUGAGUCAGCAGCUGUCCAAGCAAUUCCCCGAGUGGUGGACGGAGCACUUGACGCGCGAUCUGCUUGUGGGUGUCGCCAAGCACGGCGUGUAUCGCACCGCCAAGAUUGUUGCCGACCCCGAGCUCGGCUUUUUGGAAGUGAUUCGCACUCGAUUCGCCGAUGCGCUCGCAGCUGCCGCAACCAAGCAAGAAGAGCAUGCUGCGGCAGUCGCUGCUGCAGCCACGUCUGCACUCUCCGGUCUGACCAAGGUGGCUGCUCUCCCUGUGAGCUCUGUGACUUCUGCUCCUAUGGACACGUCCACGAGUGCCGCAUCGGAAGCGUCUGCGCCUGCGUCUGCUCCCAGCGCUGAAACGGACACUGCUACGUCUGCUGAUGCUGCUGCUACAACCUCGGACGCGGCGGCGGCGGCGACUGCUCCUGCGGCUCACACGCCCGUGACCCCCGCUGCGCCCGUGAAUGUGGCUGCCCUGGUGACGUCUUCCAACGAUGACGAGCGUGUCACGAUUGAUGGCACGCCCGUUACGCAAGACUUGCUGCGCGUGGUGCAGUUCCCUGCUCGCGACGUGGCUUUGGCCCGCGUGGUUGAGCGCGUUUGCCGCGCUGUGGUGCGAGCUAUUCGCCAGCAGUCGAGCACGGCGGCGGUUUUGGCGAGCACGUCUCAGGCGUCGUCGGGCUUGCGCCUGACGAUCAAGCGCGCCAACGCCAACGGCUCCAGUGAUGCCGCAACCCAAGGCGGCACGUCGUCCGCCGACGAUGAUGCCAGCAUUGUGGUGCCUGCGCAGUACAACAAUUUGACGCAGGUGCCGUUCGACGCGCUCAACCAGGGUCUUGUGCUUUCCAUCGACAUGUUUACAAGCAGCGGCGAUUUGGGUGAGGAUUUGGUCGUACGAAAGCAACGGCUACUUGCCGCACACAACGGCAAGCGCAGGGCAAAUGCGCGAGCCCCACGCGACCCUGCGAGUGGUGGCGCUGCCUCGGCGGCCGCGCGCCAGAAGCCGACCAAGACCAUUCCUCGUGAUGCCGAUGGCAACUUUAUCUUGCCGUUCGUGACAAACAAUGUCACGAUUGUAUCGUUGGGCAGGAUUGCCCACGACCGUCCUGCUUUCUGGAGCUCCAAGCACAUUUAUCCGAUCGGAUUCAAGACCUUGCGCAAGUAUCCGUCCAUGGUCGAUCCUUCCGUCAAGUGGACGUACGAGAGCGAAAUUCUGGACGGCCUGGAGAUUGGCGAAGGCGACCAGCCAAUCUUCCGCGUGACUCCGCUUGAGAGCCCCGAGUCUGGCUUUGCCUUCAAGCACGCCUCGACUGCUUGGUCGAACAUUGUCGGUGCCGUGAUGCGCAUCAGCGAGUCAAAGCGAGCUUCGGCUUCCAUCAGCGGGACGUCGUACUUUGGCCUGACUCUGACCAACGUUCGCGAAGCCAUUCAGCAGCUUCCCAACGCACAAUACUGCACCUCGUACUUUGCCGCGCUCGAGGCCAGUCGAAACGCUGCUGCGGCUCAGGGACUCAAGCGCCCAGCCGAAGACGACGAGUCUCCCAGCGGUGAUGCCAAGCGCGCGCGUCUGGAUGAGGACGCUGCGAAUGACGCCGAAGAGGCCGACGACGAUGAAGCGGAAGAAGAAGAAGAAGACGCAGACGAAGACGAAGGCGAGGAGGGCUCCGAGAACGAAGACGACGAUGACGUUGACGAUGAAGCCGAAGACGACGACGAUGAUGCUGAAGACGACGAAGCCUAAGCUCGCUGCUGUUGGUUGGCUGGAUUUUUUCGCUUCUUCCAAUUUUGGCUGUGGUUUGUUUUUUUUUUGCAUUUGUAUUUGUAUGUCUCUUUCUGAUUCUGUCUUUUUUGCAUGUGUACCUGUAUGUGAUUGAUGACUCUUCUGAAUGUGUGUGUUUGUGUGAUUGUGUGAUUGUUUGUUUGUUUGUAACGUUGCUUUUUCUAAAACUUGAUAAAAAAAAACACCC